CCUUCGCCAAGCAACCCAAUUACCGCUUAAAAGUCUUCUCUCUUUUCAAUUCCUUGUUUUUCUCUCAUUACAACCAUGGUUCUGUCCAAGACAGCUUCCGAGUCCGAUGUCUCAAUUCACUCAACUUUCGCUUCUCGCUAUGUCCGAAACUCACUUCCCCGGUUCAGGAUGCCGGAGAACUCAAUCCCGAAGGACGCCGCGUAUCAGAUCAUAAAUGAUGAGCUGAUGCUGGACGGGAAUCCCAGGCUCAAUCUUGCCUCCUUUGUGACGACGUGGAUGGAACCGGAGUGUGAUAAGCUGAUCAUGGACGCCGUCAACAAGAACUACGUCGACAUGGAUGAGUACCCCGUCACCACUGAACUUCAGAAUCGAUGUGUGAAUAUGAUAGCACAUCUGUUCAAUGCGCCGCUUAAGGAGUCGGAGGCGGCGGUCGGAGUGGGAACCGUGGGAUCAUCGGAGGCAAUAAUGCUGGCUGGCCUUGCAUUCAAGCGAAAGUGGCAGAACAAGCGGAAGGCUGAAGGCAAACCCUUUGACAAACCCAACAUUGUUACUGGAGCCAAUGUUCAGGUUUGUUGGGAGAAAUUUGCUAGGUACUUCGAGGUAGAGCUGAAGGAAGUAAAGCUGAGGGAAGGUUACUAUGUGAUGGAUCCCGUCAAAGCUGUGGAACUGGUGGAUGAAAACACCAUUUGUGUUGCUGCUAUCUUGGGUUCCACCCUCAAUGGCGAGUUUGAGGAUGUCAAGCUGUUGAACGAUCUUUUAGUCGAAAAGAACAAGCAAACUGGAUGGGAUACUCCAAUACAUGUGGAUGCGGCCAGUGGUGGAUUUAUAGCACCAUUCUUGUAUCCAGAGCUCGAAUGGGAUUUCCGGCUACCACUUGUGAAGAGCAUCAAUGUUAGUGGCCACAAGUAUGGCCUUGUCUAUGCUGGAAUUGGAUGGAUCAUUUGGAGGAGCAAAGAGGACUUGCCUGAAGAACUUAUUUUCCACAUUAAUUACCUUGGCACUGAUCAACCCACUUUUACCCUCAAUUUCUCGAAAGGAUCGAGUCAAGUUAUUGCUCAGUACUACCAAUUAAUUCGUUUGGGUUAUGAGGGUUACCGGAAUGUGAUGGAGAACUGUCAUGAAAAUGCAAUGGUUCUGAAAGAAGGAUUGGAGAAGACAGGGCGCUUUAACAUUGUGUCGAAAGACGAAGGAGUUCCACUGGUGGCAUUUUCUCUCAAGGACAGCCGUCGUCACGACGAGUUCGAGAUAUCCGAAAUGCUGCGUCGAUUCGGCUGGAUUGUGCCUGCCUACACUAUGCCAGCGGACGCCCAGCACAUCACUGUGCUCCGCGUGGUCAUUAGGGAGGACUUCUCCCGCACCCUGGCGGAGCGCCUCGUGCUUGACAUCCAGAAGGUGCUCCAUGAGCUGGACACUCUACCGGCUAGAGUUAAUGCCAAACUGUCAGCCGUAGAGAACGGGAAAAAUGGCACCGUGAUCAAGAAAACUGAGAUGGAGAAACAGAGGGAGAUCACUGAUUUUUGGAAGAAAUAUGUCAUGGAGCGGAAAAGUAAUAGGAACAAAAUUUGUUAGAAAAAGACUAACAAUUUUCACAUUCAUUUUCUUUUACCAUUUUUGUGUGCUUUGAUAGGGUUCUUACAGUUUGUCUUGAUAUGUAGUAGAAUUUUGGUCUUGAGUUCUCCUCAAGAUCUUAAUUCUAAGGUCAUAACAUAACUAUAUUGCUGAAGUUGUUUUAUACUUUUUUUCGGUUUAUUGAGAAAUGAAGAGAGUAUUUGUUAUUUGAUAAUUUGAAAGAUCUUUGCCGACUAAUUCUACAUUUUUCUUUCCAUCAUCUUUUUUGAAUUAAAAAUAUUAUUUUUAA